AUGUGGUGGGCAUCUUACCAGUUCACAGGCACUCCUAGCUUUAUACUAGCUGGGAAACUAAAAGUUUUGAAAAAUGAUCUAAGAAAAUGGAACCUGGAAGUCUUCAGGAACAUCAAUGACCAGCAGAACAAACUCUUCAUGGAACUACAACAAUUUGAUGAAAAAGAAGUAGAAAGGACAUUAUUAGAUAAUGAUAGGGCAAGAAAAUUGACUGUUGUUACUGAACUAGAAAAAGUUACUACUAUGGAGGAGAUUAUGUGGAGACAAAAAUCACGGGCCCUUUGGUUGAAAGAAUGGGAUAGGAGCACAAAGUUUUUUCAUAGAAUUGCAAAUUCCCAUCGAAGAAAUAAUGUCAUAGAGGUCCUCCAUACGGAUGGCAGAGUUUUACUGGGUAGAGAUGUCAUUAAGGAGCGUAUUGUCCAAUUUUAUGAGAAGCUUUUGACAGAGCAAUACACUUGGAGGCCCAAGGUUGACGGACUAGCCUUUGAUUCUAUUGACCACUCAAGCGCGGCUUGGUUGGAGAGGCCUUUUGAUGAAAACGAGAGCCUUAAUGCUUCUUUCAUCACCCUCAUUCCCAAGAGGGUACGGUUGGUGAAAGUGAAUGAUUUCCGUCCCAUAAGUUCGAUAAGUGGGGUCUACAAGAUCAUUUCCAAAGUUUUAGUAAAGCGGUUGAGCGAAGUCUUGGAGAAGAUCAUUUUGAAAUCCCAAAAUGCUUUUGUGAAAGGAAGGUACGACUUUGGGGAACGAUGGUGCCAGUGGAUAAAGCACUGUAUUACAAUAGCCAGAUUCUCUGUUUUGGUCAAUGGCACUCCUGAAGGCUUUUUCAACAGUUGUCGGGGUUUGAGACAAGGGGAUCCUAUCUCCCCGCUAUUAUUUAUUCUUGUCAUGGAUGUGCUGAUUAGAAUGCUGAGAAGGGCGGUGGAAGGGGGUUUUCUCUCUGGUUUCACGGUGGGCGGUUCCACACAUGCCAGCUUGACAGUCUCCCACCUUCUCUUCGCCAAUGAUACAUUGAUUUUCUGUGACCCAGACCAGGAACAGUUCCUCUCUUUAUGA